AUAACCAUCAUCAUCUCCAUAGAAAUGGCGGCCAAGCUUAUUAUUUCUUCAAUGGUCUUUCUCAUUUUCAUCUUCUUUAUCCGAUCAUCGACCGCGGCCUUCAAUGUGAUCACUUACGGGGCAAAACCAGACGGCAAAACGAACGCAACACCGUCGUUUCUCAGGGCAUGGAAAGCGGCGUGCAGCUCAGUUAAAGCAUCGACGAUUUACGUUCCGAAAGGGAGGUAUUUGAUUAAAGCAGUGGAGUUUCGAGGGCCAUGCAAGAGCAGAAUUACAGUUCAAAUAGAUGGAAGCAUUGUAGCUCCAACUGAUUAUCGAGCUCUUGGGAAUUCUGGGUAUUGGAUUUUGUUCAUUCAAGUUGAUCGGCUUUCGGUCAUCGGAGGCACUCUUGAUGCUAAAGGCUCUGGCUUCUGGGCUUGCAGAAAAUCUGGCAAAAGUUGCCCAGUUGGGGCUAGGUCCAUAACGUUCAAUUGGGCUAACAACGUUGUGAUAAGUGGCUUGACAUCGAUCAACAGUCAGCUAAGUCAUCUAGUGAUCAACAGUUGCAACAAUGUUAUGGUCCGAAAUGUGAAGCUUAUUGCUCCGGAUCAAAGCCCUAACACCGACGGCAUCCACGUGCAGUCCUCCACCGGCGUCACAAUCAACGGCGGUACCCUUCAGACCGGCGACGAUUGCAUAUCAAUCGGUCCUGGUACUAGGAACUUGUUCAUGAACAACAUCAAGUGUGGCCCUGGACAUGGUGUUAGCAUUGGCAGUCUCGGUAAGGACCUCAAUGAAGAUGGGGUUCAAAAUGUAACAUUGACGAAUGCAGUUUUCACAGGGUCAGAUAAUGGAGUGAGAAUUAAAUCAUGGGCUCGAGCUAGUAAGAGCUUUGUGAGAAAUGUUGUCUUUCAGAACAUUAUAAUGAAGAACACUGAGAAUCCGAUUAUAAUUGAUCAAAAUUACUGCCCCAACAACCAAGGAUGCCCUCGUCAGACUUCUGGGGUGAAGAUUAAUCAAGUGACAUACAGAAACAUACAAGGAACAUCGGCAACAGCAGAGGCUGUGACAUUUGAUUGUAGCCCUAGCAAUCCAUGCAAAGGGAUCAGAAUGCACGACAUCAAGCUCACUUAUUUGAACAAAGCAGCAACAUCUUCCUGCAAAUACAUCGAUGGAACAAGCACUGGAGUUCAAAAUCCCCAGAGCUGUCUAUGAAAAAAAAUAUUAAUAAUUAUUGCAUGUUUGAAUGAGAAAAUUACAAGUUUAAUUUGUUUGUGGGUGUGUACACCACGUGGAAGCAGGUAUUAAAAGCUUUGCAUGGUUGAGUGUUGCGGUAAAUCCCACUACAAGUAAUGGAGUUUUAUGGCUAAUUAGGGUUGUAUUUACUAAUGAA